AUGGGAGGAAUGUAUCGUGGACUGCGUCAACCUGAACGGCUGGAGUACAACGUGAUUCAGCCUUCGUCUUCUGCUCAGCCAAUUCCAAGCUCCUUAUCCCGACCCUUCUCGAUUUCGACUCGAUUCAGCCUACUUGACUUGACCAAGGACAAAGAGCACUCUCCGAUAGCUGCCAGGACAUCUCAGGCCCACACUAUCUUCUUCCGAAUGGGCGCAUUCGGUCUUUGA